GCUUUCACCGCUCGCCCUGCAGACACAUCUAGACGCUUCCUUGUGUUGCAGACGUGGGUGUCUCUCUCUGUUGGCUGCUGUAGUUUUCUUUUUUUUUUUUCAGCGUCUUAACAGUUGUGAAGUUUCAGACCUCAGAUGCUUUUGGGUGAUUUAUGAGCUAAAUCUCUGGAGAAAAAGUACUUCUUCACACUUUGGAAAUGGAGCCAAUGAAAUCUUGAGGGUGUGUGUAGUCAGAGUUUUUCCACGGUCCUGAUGCUAGCUCUGCCCAGAUGUUCGCCAGCUUUGAGGGGGACUCUCACCUUGCGCUGCUCUGCCCUCUCUCUGGGGAGUGUUACCGCAAGCAGCCAGUCGUCCACCACAGCCAGGCCCCAGUUUCUGAGAGCCCAGGCUGCUCUGUUUCACCAAACUAAAGACAAAGCCAGUCUUGACCCAAACAAGCCCACCUCAGCAUUGUCCUCUGGGUCCGGGCUAGAGGGGGAGCUGUUUGGGAUGGGGAUGUGGUCGCUGGGUCUCGGCGCUGUCGGAGCUGCCAUAGCCGGGAUCUUCCUGGCCAACACUGAUCUGUGUCUACCUAAAGCCGCAGAGGCAUCGCUGGAGUACCUGGAAGAUGCUGACCUCCGCUCCACCAUAGAUGGUGACAAGGUCAUCAAAGCAAAGGGCCUGUGGGAGAAGGACGGGGCUGUGGUCAUGGCUGUACGACGACCUGGAUGAUUUUUGUGCAGAGAGGAGGCCUCUGAGCUGUCCUCUCUGAAGCCUCAGCUGGAAGAGCUCGGGGUCCCUCUGGUCGCUGUGGUGAAGGAGAAUGUUGGCACAGAGAUCCAGGACUUCAGACCGCACUUUGCUGGGGACAUCUACAUAGAUGAAAAGAAACACUUCUACGGCCCGCUGCAGAGGAAGAUGGGUGGUCUAGGGUUCAUUCGCCUCGGAGUGUGGCAGAACUUCAUCCGGGCCUGGAGGUCCGGUUACCAGGGCAACAUGAACGGCGAGGGCUUCGUCCUGGGGGGCGUGUUUGUCAUUGGGCCUGGCGACCAGGGGAUUCUCCUGGAACACCGUGAGAAGGAGUUUGGCGAUAAGGUGGACAUAGCAGAUGUUUUAGAGGCUGUCAAGAAAAUUGUUCCACUGAAAUAAGUUCUUUUGGUGUUAGACGAAGAACAGGUACACUGAACAAGAAGAAGUAAGAAAUAAUUAGUAUUUUUUAUUUGACAUAUCUUGACCUUGUAGUCAAGGUCCAUCCAUCACUGAAAUACUGAUAUUGUAAUGACAUUUUCAUCUGUUUGCAUUGUCCAAUGUUAUAAUUUUGUCCUUUGCACAUUAAUUUACUGUAGGUUACAAAAAUCCAGCUGUGAAAUACAGGACAGAGCUAAUAAUAAUAAUAUUACAGCAUAUGUCUCUGAAUAUUGACCUCUGCAAACACCCUAGAAGCUAGUUUCCUUGAAACGGGUACGUAAAACAGGUAGUAAGGGACUUAAAGGCAGCAUUUUCAUUCAGGUACAUCGGCCAUUAAAUUUAAGGUCACUUGAAAUCUUCAUUCUAGACAUAAUUCAACCUUAAGGCUGGAUUUCACGUGUUUAGUAAAUCUAUUAACAUCUGUUAAUAGAUGUACAUUUUAAUGACGUUCCUGUGUGUUAUCUUUGUUUGCUUCUCCUGGUCAGGCACAUAAAUAGACCUCCAGUGUGGUCGAUGAGCACGUGUGUGCUCUGUGUGUGUGAUAAUGACAAUCUGACUCUAAACUCAGCAUUGAGAGGAGCGGGUUUGAUGCUCAAACACACACGGGUUCCACUGCUGUCGCAGUGCUGAGGAGUGUUUGUGGAGCCUGGUGCAGGUGUUGCUUUAAUGUGUGUACAUGUGUGUUAAAAAGUAUGUACCUGUACAUGUGAAUCCUAGCUGCAGAAAAUAAAAACCUCAUCACCAUA